GCUCUAUCUUAGUUGGUCGCAGCUACCCGACAUACUGCCUCAAUUCGGUGCUGCUAUUCAAGUCUAUGAUCUAGAAUGAUUCCAAUUACUUGACUUGCGGGGAAAAAGUCCAGUCCUGUUAUUUCUUAAUGAGUCUAUCUAAUAAUUUUUUGUAAAGGCGACAAUCGCUAUUAUAGCUGGAUUUAUAACUCAGUCCCAACCUCUUGCACCACACUAAAUUUACGCGCAGUCCCAGCGUAAUCUGCCACAACUCGGAAUUCCAUCCGCAGACCAAAAUUUCCUCACAUUUAAAAGCUUCACGAGGCUCCAAAGGAGAGGUAAUAGAACAGUUCGAUGAUCCUUGACCAAAGUGCUAACAGUCAUCAAUAAACUGCCGUCUAAAAGACUUCCUAACCAUGUUGUCUUUGCUGAAUCUGCAGUAAAUACAUCUGCUUUGCAUAUGUGUUGAGCGGAUUGUGGUACCUUUUCCGUAUUUGGUACUUGUAACACCUGAACACAAUUAUCAAUAUAUGUUUAGAUACGCCUCUAUCCAAGGCCCUAUUUAUGCUCUUGACCUAGUCAAUUGACUUGCUCGCACGACACAAACAAAUAGUAGACGAUCACGCACACCGCAAGCUGCGCGCUUUGUGCUGCGGCUUUUCUUUAUUUUCCCGUUUCCCCGCACUAUGGGAAAUUCAUUCUUGAAUAACUUUGGUGUUGAUAACGUUGUUUACGGACAUGGCUAGAUCGUGUUGGCAGUUGAGGCUGAAUAUAUAUGAAUGAUGAGGUCGCAUAGUUAAACUAUUUUUUGCCUGUUACAUGCAUUUGCAAAAUCACCUUUUUACCCGCAUUCAACAGGUGAAAGGCAUAAAUAUUUAUAUAUACAUAUGUACAUCUAGUAUAUACAAGAGUUUAAUCCGUAGUAAUUACUGACAGAAACACAAGGUAAAUAAUUAAACAAAUGCUUGGCGCUCUUUUAUAUUGUUAUUUAUUGUUGUAGCUUUUCGAGGGUAUUAUAAUUUUGUCACGAGAUGUGUAUCCCAUAGAAGGAGAAGUCUUUUAUGUUUUUGGAUCAGGAUCAAACUAGUGUUUCGUUAUAAAACCUUGCACAGAUUCGUCUUUCUGUUGCAAGCAGUACAUUUAUCAGAUUUGGCUGGAUUGACGCUCUAUAUCAUAUAGCUGUCAUAUAAAAAAAUAAGUUAUAGUAUUAAAAUCGUGGUUUUCUUUCAAGUUAUCUUGACUAAACUCUUCAUUUAAUGUAAACAAAGUCUUAUCAACACCGGACUACUGUAUUAUAUAGCUUUGAAAGAAGAGCCGGUCGGAUAAUAAGACCAAACUCACACUCCUAGUAUAUCUGGAUUGAACAUAAAGCUUUUGUGUAAACCCAUUUUCAAUCCAUAUUUCUACAAGAGUAUUCAAACUUCGGCGGGUUGAGGAUAGAACGUCUAUCUUCUUGUUAGGUUUUUGUUUAACGUGUGAGACAGUGUUGGUUCUCAUAGCUUUCAGCGAUUGGAAUCACGUUUUCGCAGAUCUUUUAAAUAUAAGAAGCUGCGACUCAGAAUGGCAGUUGCUAUUGACUAGACUUGAUAACUAGAUAAUGCUCGGAGCGGUGAGUUAAGGAUGUCCUUGCUGAAUCGCAACUAAUAUGUGUACAUUGUUUUUAUGCAAAGUCAAUUAUUGUACUCUUUGUCAAUUUGAUGCUUGCGGCACCCGCGACACUCGUCCCGCGCAUCGCUGGCGAAAGUGACUCUCAACUGGGAAGCCCCAAUGGUCAAUAUAUGUUGAGCAUUCGACAUCCGGAUGGCAAAACCUUGCGCGAGGAGACUGGGAAACUGGUUCCACCCGGUGUCCCGGAGGUAAAAGGUACGCUCAUUCAGAAUUUUGAAGACCAAGGCGGAACUCUGGUGGUUACCUAUGAGGCGGGGCCCAAUGGAUAUGUGGCCAAGUAUAGCUACACUAUCGGACGAGGAUUUCCGGCAGCUCCGGCUUUAGGUGCUGGACUUCUAAAGUCCCUUCCCGGUUAAAUUUGAUUUAUAUAGCGUUUUACUUAAUAAAUGGCAUAUACUCGUGUGCUAAUGGAUAUGGACUAUAGACGUUACAAUCAUACAUAUUUGUGCCAAUUGUGAUAUCACAGAUCUGCUUAAACUUAUAUCUUAAAGGUAUCCAGUUUGAGGACUGGGUAAAUAAGAGGGUUUUUUUUUGGGCUGACGUUGGAUAGUUCGCAAAAGUUGUUGAGGAAGGGAUUUUCAUGAAAUCUGCAUUUUCUGUUGCUUAGUGAAGGACAGGAGGAGAAGAGGCAACUGCAACAGAGGGGCGGUUAAAAUAUUUCCUUAUGGUUAGUUGUUUGGAGUAUAAUACAUCUCCCACACGUUGAGAAUAUCG